UGGCAGAAAGUGAAAGAAUACCAACACGUAGGACCGUAACAGAAACAUAAAUACUGAGCGAUUUUCCUCUGAAAACCCCAGAGGAGAAAACAAAGGGAAAAUAAUUCGAAAAAAUGGCACAUUUGAUGAAGAACUUGAAGGUGCCGCCGAACUCGACGAGUCGGGAGGAAGCUCGGAAAAGGACCUUCGAUUUCUUCAGGUUGGCCUGCAGAUCGAUCCCAAACAUUAUGGAAAUCUACAACCUCGACGACGUCGUUACCCCCUCUCAGCUACGCUCCACUGUAGCCUCUGAAAUCCGCAAGAAUGCCCACGUCACCAAUCCCAAGGUUAUUGACAUGCUGCUCUUCAAGGGAAUGGAAGAAUUAAAGAACUUUGUUGAUCAUGCAAAGCAGAGGCAUCACGUUAUUGGCCAAUACGUGGUGGGUCGUAAAGGACUUGUGCAAGACCUUGGACCCAAGGAUGAAGGGAUCUCUAAUUUUCUAAAGAAUUUCUACAGCAGCAACUACUCCUGAUUUGUUGUGGAUUCCGGUUCCUGUUGUGAUCUGGCUUUUGGUUACAGUGCUCUAAUAAAUCUAAACAGUUUCUGUAGUGUACUCUUUUGCAUGAUAGAAGCUUUUCCUUGUCCUGAGCACAAGAUGAGCACAGGCAUCAUGUUGUUCGAGGGAUAUAUGUGGGAGGAUCUUCUGUGUUUAUAAAAAAUUGUGAAUUCAGGGAUCCUUGUUGACAGUCUUUUUCUAAUUUGUUAAAAAUCAAAUCAACUCCCCUGGUUAAUAUAACGGUCCUCCAUUCAAGGGUUCACAUUUUAUUUCAA